CUGCCGGCCCCGCGGUUAUGCGCUGGGGCCAUGUCCUUGCCGGCCGGCGCCAGGCUCGUCCCGCGCCCCGCGGGGAGCCCCUCCCUCGGCCUCGUCCUGCUGCUCCUGCUGCUGCCGUGCCCCUGCGGGGGAGCGCCGCGCCGCCGGCCCGCGGGGCCGCCCGUGGUGCUGGUCCCAGGGGACUUAGGUAAUCAGCUGGAAGCAAAGUUAGAUAAGCCAUCGGUAGUGCACUAUCUCUGCUCUAAGAAGACAGACAGUUAUUUUACGCUCUGGCUGAAUCUGGAAUUGCUUCUACCUGUCAUCAUUGAUUGCUGGAUUGAUAAUAUCAGGCUGGUCUAUAAUAGAACAAGUCAGAUUACAGAACCACCAGAUGGAGUGGAUAUCAGAGUCCCAGGAUUUGGGCAGACAUUUUCCUUGGAAUUUCUUGAUCCAAGUAAAAGGAGCGUCGGAAGUUACUUUUAUAUGCUGGUGCAGAGUUUAGUAGAUUGGGGCUACAAACGUGAUGAAGAUGUAAGAGGAGCACCUUAUGACUGGCGAAAGGCACCAAAUGAGAACGGAGACUAUUUUGUGGCGCUUCGCAAGAUGAUAGAGUUAAUGUAUGAGCAGUAUGGAAGUCCUGUUGUCCUAAUUGCCCACAGUAUGGGUAAUAUGUACACCCUCUACUUCCUCAACCAGCAGACUCAGGAUUGGAAGGACAAGUACAUCAAGGACUACGUGUCACUAGGCGCUCCGUGGGGAGGAGUGGCUAAAACUCUCCGUGUGCUGGCCUCAGGUGACAACAAUAGGAUACCCGUUAUCAGUUCACUCAAGAUCAGAGACCAGCAGAGAUCAGCAGUUUCCACAAACUGGAUGCUCCCCUACAAUUACACGUGGCCUCCAGACAAGGUCUUUGUGAGCACACCCACGGCCAACUACACACUGCGGGACUACCGGCGCUUCUACAGGGACAUCGGCUUCGAGGACGGCUGGCUGAUGCGGCAGGCCACGGAGCCGCUGGUGUACGCCAUGGCCCCGCCGCGCGUGCGCAUCCACUGCCUCUACGGCACCGGCGUGGACACCCCCGACUCCUUCCACUACGACAGCUUCCCGGACAGAGAGCCCAGGAUCAUCUACAGCGACGGCGACGGCACCGUCAACCUGCAGAGUGCCUUGCAGUGCCGCAAGUGGGUGAACAGGCAAAAACAGCAAGUGCUGAUGUUUGAGCUCGCAGGGAACGAGCACAUUGAAAUGCUAUCCAACGAUACGACUAUCUCCUACGUGAAAAAGCUGCUUUUUGAUCUGUGAUAACCUUGUGUUGAUAGUUAUUUUCCUCACCUGUGAUGCCUUCCCUUAAAUAUGGGAAAAUGCCUUUUAAUCCCCUGAUAUUUAGAUAUUUGAAUUAUUUAUUUUUCUUUUUUUUUUUUUUAAAGGUUGUGUUCAAGAAGUUGUUUGAUGUCCUAAAUGUUGUUUGUCUCUGAUUUGUGUUUAUGAUGCUUCAUGGUAUUUUCACAUUCUGCAAAUUUGGUCAGAUAUGCAUUUUGGUGCCUGUGGUGUUGUCUGACGUUCAUACAGACUUUCAUUCAGAGAUUGUGCAGCCCCUUGCACGUACUACAUGGAACCAUAGAUACCCGAGUUCCUUUGGGUGGUCUUUGCAGGUUUGGAGUGGGAGGGUUAGGAAGGAUUGCACUUUUGGAUGCCCAUAAAACAAGGGAAUGAUAUUAACAAUUUGGGAAGCACAGAAAACUUUUUAAAGGGUCUUGCAUAUUCUGAUCCACAGGACCUUGAUUUAUAAAUGUACAUAUCUACUAGGUAAGACAGGGAACAGGGCUGCCUGGAACCGUGUUACUGUUGUUGAAAUCCAGCUUUCUUUUAUUACAGCUUUUGGGGAGAAAAGAUAAUGUGGGAAUUACUUGAAGCUUCUUUAUUAGCUAUCCUUCGGGGUUUUUUUAAAAAGAAGAAAUCGUUUGCUCAUCAACUUGCAGAACCAUGAUUACAUACAGUCUGGAGUCUGAGGCAUUCUCACCCCGUGCUUUAUUUAUCAGUGAGGGAAUGAUGCUAAACUGGUUGCUGCUUGUAGUAACUGUAGCUGUGUGGAGUAGCACAGAAAUCAAAGCUAACUGAAUACUGGCAAGCAAUCUGUACAGUAUGGAAUUACAUUUCUCAGUGAAGAAUGGUCUCCUGUAGUGGAAAUGGUAAUGGAUGGUGGGCAGUAUUUCAAAAAGAGAAGUGAGCUUCCUGAAAUGGGGUGGGGAAUGGAAGCCAGCAUAAUGCCAGAUGGAGUAUAAGCCUUGCUCUCAGUCAAAUGCUUCGUCUCUGAUCCAGUUACUGACCGAGCAGCAAUUGGAUCGACAUUGCACGCCACUGAAAAGAAACUUUUUUCUUUGAGACUAAAAGUAAUAUCCCAUUAUUUUCAUUGUUGCUGUUUCAGGAAGUUGGGAUAUGCUAUUCCUUAAAUGUUUCCAUAAAUUGCUGAACGUGCAAAUCUGCUACUUUCCUACAGUAUUGUUUUACUCAAUGGUAAAAAAGAAUAACAUCAACUCUGACAGCCACAGAAGUGCUGGCCUAAAGACCAUCAUAUUUCCAACCUUGAUUACAGAAGUCCUGUUGGAGAAAUAGUGUCACCCAGGGAUUCUCUUUGCUUACUUUAAAAACAGUCACCCAGGUAGACUGCACUUAGUUUUCUGAAAAUGCAAUUUAGAAUGCUUUCAAAAUGCUAGGUUCUCCAAGAAAAAUGUUUUAAUAGUUUCAGAAACUCAUCAAAUUAUUAAAGAUUCAUUACUUAAGAAACUGAAAUUGUCUAAAGGGUCAAGUUUUAACUAUUUUGAUAGCAUGCAUAAAAUGUUUGCUACCAUUGGAUGUAUCAAUAGGAUGUGCUGAAAUGAUGGGUUUGAACUCUUGUUAUUGUAGAAUGGAAACAUUUUGGCAGGCUUAAGGUAGGUUUAAGGCUUUAAGUUUUAAUUCAGAAAUCUCUUGUAAAUGCAGAACAACUUGAACUAAGGUCAUCAACAAGCUAAAUGUCUUCCUAGGUUUUAACUUCCCUAUGUAGCUUUAUUUCCCCCCUGCCCUCAUUUUUUUCCUCUUACUUACAUUGAGGAAGUAUAUACAUUUUCCUGAAUUUUAAAAUGGAACAAUAAUCUUGCCCUCAGCUGUCCAGGAACCUACAGUUCAGAAGUAAAAUUGCGUAGACUUUUCCAGAGUAACUAC